CUCACACUCACACACACUCACACCUCCUCCAACCCCACCACCUCCACCAUGGCCGCCUCAACCUUGUCUGUCUGUUCCAACGACCUGAGCUACGACAGCCGGAUCUGCCUGCCGGGGUCCUAUGACUCCUGCACCGACUCCUCCUGGCAGGUGGACGACUGUCCAGAGAGCUGCUGUGAGCCCCCCUGCUGUGCCCCCAGCUGCUGCGCCCCGGCCCCCCGCCUGACCCUCCUCUGUGCCCCAGUGAGCUGCGAGUCCAGUCCCUGCUGCCAGCCAGCCUGCAGCAGCUCCUGCCUGGCCUUGGGCUGCCAGACGUCUAGCUGCCAGUCCUCCUGCUGCACCUCCUCCCCCUGCCCGCAGGCCUGCUGUGAGCCCGUCUGCUGCAGGCCCGUCUGCUGCGAGCCCGUCUGCUGCAGGCCCGUCUGCCUCAGGCCCGUGUGUUGUGAGGCCUCCCCCUGCUCAGCCCCCUCAUCCUGCUGCAGACCCUCCUCCUCCGUGUCCCUCCUCUGCCGCCCUGUGUGCCGCCCCGCCUGCUGCAUCCCUGCCUCCUCCUGCCAGCCCAGCUGCUGCCGCCCGGCCUCCUCCGUGUCCCUGCUCUGCCGCCCCGUGUGCCACCCUGCCUGUUGCAUCCCCGCCUCGGCCCUGGAGCCCUGCUGCUGACCGGCCGAUCAUCUGCCCUCCACAAGCUGCUGUCUCUCUCACAAGCUCCAGGAGCCCCUCUGCUGGCACCAGGACCUCCCCUCUCCCAAAGGUGGACACGCAGAUGCUGCCCAGAGGGUAUUCGAACUUGGCAGGCAUCCCAGAGAGCCCUUGACAGGGUGGACAGUGGGGCCCCAGGAGCCUCCUCUGCAGGACGGGCUGCUUCAAUCCCAUAUGACAAACACAAGCUGCUAUAAUGAAUAAAGUGUUUAUGUCAGGAAAUACGGA